AUGUGCCACUUGGAACAUCGGCACAAUGACUGGAAAAAGCAGGGAGAUAGCAGAGACCAUGAAGCGGGGAAAAGUGAAAAUACUCUGUGUGCAAGAAGUAUCAGAGAGAUCCCUGAGGAAGAAGGAAUCAUCCUAGGAGCUGAUCUGAACUGCCAUGUAGGAGAAACAGCAGGAUACGGCCCGAGAAACGAGGAAGGAGAGAGAAUGGUAGAGACAUUGGAGAGCUUGGAACAGGUCUUGGUAAACACCGGAUUCAAGAAGAGAGAUGAGCAUCUAACAACAUACCGAAGUAGAGAUAGCAGUUCUCAGAUCGACUUCCUAGUGGAGAAUACAGAAGGCAAGUGGGAGAGAGACGAAGGGAGAGACAGCAGCCGAAACGUGAAGGCCUUAAAGGAAGCAACGGUGGAAGUGGCAGGAAAGCUGUGUGGAAGAACAAGUGGGAGAAGAGCAGGAGAACGAGAAAUAUGA